GGGCAGACGGGGGUGGUGCCGGCUCGGCUCCAGUCGCCUCUCGCGGGAGGAAGAGGAGGAUGCGGGCGAGUGCAGAAUGGAAACAGACUAUAAUCCCAUGGAACUAAGCAGUAUGUCAGGAUUUGAAGAAGGUUCAGAGCUUAAUGGCUUUGAAGGAACUGAUAUGAAAGACAUGAGGCUCGAAGCUGAAGCAGUGGUAAAUGAUGUUCUCUUUGCUGUUAACAACAUGUUUGUCUCAAAAAGCCUGCGCUGUGCAGAUGAUGUGGCCUAUAUCAAUGUGGAAACGAAGGAAAGAAACAGAUACUGCCUGGAACUCACUGAAGCAGGUCUUAAGGUGGUAGGUUAUGCUUUUGACCAGGUAGAUGAUCAUUUACAGACUCCCUACCACGAAACAGUCUACUCCUUGUUGGAUACGCUCAGCCCCGCUUACCGGGAAGCAUUUGGAAAUGCACUCCUUCACAGACUGGAAGCUUUGAAAAGGGAUGGACAGUCAUGACUAAGCUUUUUCCUUUCAGAGGGGGCUGCUGCUGGUACAGAAUGUUGACAAAAAGCUUGAAAUUCUUGCAUAUGUCAUAGUAGAAAAUGUACCUUUGGUUUUGUAUCUUUAUCACUUGCUUCAAAUUUAGGCUCUUGACUCAGAACAUUAUUGACUAAUGAAUUGUCUUGGUUUCUUAUUCAUUAAGGGAAUUCUGAGGCCAUUCCUAUGACACCAUCAUUAACACAUUCAAAUUUUUUCAUUUAUCUCUGCAUUUCAAAACCUAAUCAGUAUUUCAUUCUCUUAUUAUAGGGCUUUGAUGCUGCCAGCACUCUCUUUUACAUAGGAAGUUACAUAGGAUUUGCACAACAAUAUAGGAAUUAGAAUUACCUAAUUUCAAACUUUGAUUCAGCCUGCUAAAUCAGGCAUUUACUACUAGCUUGGACUGACUCUAUAUUAAUUAUUUUGCUAUUAGCCUUAUUGGAAACAAAUUAUCAACUAGUUUCCCCUGCACAAAUUUUGAAAUUCACUGCUUCACUUAAUCUAUUUAUAUUAGUAAUAUGGAUUGAUAAAGAUUAAUUAAUUAUAUAUUACUUAACUCUAGUAUUAAGUGCAAAACAGGUACUGAAAUAGUUCUUAUUCCUUAUUUGCAACAGCCAGCCAACUAAGCAGAGGAUAAAACCGUUAGCAAAUGAAUGUAAUAAUUACUUGUUUCCAAGAUAACCUAAAGCACAUAAGCAAAUACAGGAACAGGUUCCAUUCUUUUUCUUAAAAAGCAUCGUCAAUGUGUGUGAUUUAAAAGAAAGAUUCUGGUUUCCUAGAAAACAAUAUUUUGGCCUGUGUUGAUUCUUAUUCUGAAUGUUUGUUUACAUAAUAUAUAGUGUAUAUUCAGAAAGUAUUUUUGCUUCAACGUUUACCUUCUAUAAUGUAGUGCUUUGUUAUUCCCACAGCACCCCUCCUUCCCCAACAGAUGUACAGUGUUCUGUCUCAGUGCUAAAUGUGCAAUGUAAUAUGAGUGCACUGAAUAGGUUUGAAACCAAAGGAUGAAUGAAGCAUUCAGAGACUUAAUAUUUGAAAAAUGGAUACUCUGUAUUUUAUAUUUUAUUACAGGUACUGAUAUUUAUAAACCUAAUAAAUUGUACCAUGCUGCUGCAUGUUUUCAAGUACAUGUUGAACAAUAAGGAUUUGGGGAGUUAUGUUUUUUUAAAUUGCCUAAAGCAGCUGCUGUAGGAAUGUUGAACUAAAAUUCUGCAUCUGGACACAACUUCAUAAAUUUGUCAUUUGCAGAUUUGUUUAUUUAAAAAUAGGUACUUUUAGGCUCCGAAGAUCAUGUGGACCAGAGCAACUUAAAGUUCAGUUUGUGUCAUUAUGCAUUGUCAAACUUAUUUGGAAUGCUUUAAUUAUGUUUUGUAAUGCAUGUUCAUUUUCAUCUUUAUUUUCAGAUGCUUAUUAACUGUUUGGGCAAUGAAGUCUAACUUCAGGUGAACUUUCAUGAUUAAUC